AUGGAACAUACAUAUCAAUAUGCAUGGAUGAUACCUUUCGUUCCACUUCCAGUUCCUAUGUUAAUAGGAGUGGGACUUCUCUUUGUUCCGAUGGCAACAAAAAAGCUUCGUCGUAUGUGGGCUUUUCCCAGUGUUUUCUUGUUAAGUAUAGUUAUGCUUUUUUCGGCCAAUCUGGCUAUUCAGCAAAUAAAUGGCAGUUCUAUCUAUCAAUAUGUAUGGUCGUGGACCAUCAAUAAUGAUUUUUCCUUAGAGUUCGGCUACUUGAUUGAUCCACUUACUUCUAUUAUGUUAAUAUUAAUCACUACUGUUGGAGUCAUGGUUCUUGUUUAUAGUGACAAUUAUAUGUCUCAUGAUCAAGGAUAUUUAAGAUUUUUUGCUUAUAUGAGUUUUUCCAAUACUUCUAUGUUGGGAUUAGUUACUAGUUCGAAUUUGAUACAAAUUUAUAUUUUUUGGGAAUUGGUUGGAAUGUGUUCGUAUUUAUUAAUAGGGUUUUGGUUCACACGACCAAUUGCGGCAAAUGCUUGCCAAAAAGCGUUUGUAACUAAUCGUGUAGGGGACUUUGGUUUAUUAUUAGGAAUCUUAGGUCUUUAUUGGAUAACGGGUAGUUUCGAAUUUAAGGAUUUGUUUGAAAUAGUCAAUAACUUGAUUUCCACUAAUGGAGUCAAUUCUUUAUUCGUUACUUUGUGUGCCUCCCUAUUAUUCGUCGGUGCAGUUGCUAAAUCUGCACAAUUCCCCCUUCAUGUAUGGUUACCCGAUGCCAUGGAAGGACCUACUCCUAUUUCGGCUCUUAUACACGCUGCUACUAUGGUAGCGGCGGGAAUUUUUCUUGUAGCCCGGCUUCUUCCUCUUUUCACAGUCAUACCUUACAUAAUGAAUCUUAUUUCUUUGAUAGGUAUAAUAACAGUACUAUUAGGAGCUACUUUGGCUCUUGCUCAAAAAGACAUUAAGAGAAGUUUAGCCUAUUCUACAAUGUCUCAAUUGGGUUAUAUGAUGUUAGCUCUAGGUAUGGGGUCUUAUCGAGCUGCUUUAUUUCAUUUGAUCACUCAUGCCUAUUCAAAAGCCUUAUUGUUUUUAGGAUCCGGAUCAAUUAUCCAUUCAAUGGAAACCAUUGUUGGAUAUUCUCCAGAUAAAAGUCAGAACAUGGUUCUUAUGGGCGGUUUAACAAAAUAUAUGCCAAUUACAAAAACUGCUUUUUUAUUAGGUACACUUUCUCUUUGUGGUAUUCCACCUCUUGCUUGUUUUUGGUCAAAAGAUGAAAUUCUUAAUGAUAGUUGGUUGUAUUCACCGAUUUUCGCGAUAAUAGCUUGUUCCACAGCGGGAUUAACUGCAUUUUAUAUGUUUCGGAUAUAUUUACUUACCUUUGAAGGGCCUUUAAAUGUUCAUUUUCAAAAUUACAGUGGCAAAAAAAAUAGCUCGUUCUAUUUAAUAUCUAUUUGGGGUAAAGAAGGACCGAAAACGAUUAACAAAAAUUUUCGUUUAUCAACAAUGAAUAAUAGUGAAAGGGCUUCCUUUUUUUCGAAAAAGACAUAUUCAGAUGGGAAUGUAAGAAACAUGAUGCGAUCUUUUAUUACCCAUUUUGGCAAUAAAGAAAUUUUCCCAUAUCCCCAUGAAUCGGACAAUACUAUGCUAGUGCCUCUGCUUGUAUUGGUUUUUUUUACUUUGUUCGUUGGAUUCAUAGGAAUUCCUUUCGAUCAAGGAGGAAUGGAUUUUGAUAUAUUAUCGAAAUGGUUAACUCCGUCGAUAAACCUUUUACAUCCAAAUUUGAACAAUUCCGUGGAUUGGUAUGCAUUUGUGACAAAUGCGAUUUUUUCAGUCAGUAUAGCCUAUUUCGGAAUAUUUAUAGCAUCCCUUUUAUAUGGGCCUGUUUAUUCUUCUUUCCAGAAUUUGGAAUUAAUUAAUUUCUUUGUUAAAAUGGGUCCUAAAAGAAUUCUAUGGGACAAAAUAAUAAAUGUCAUAUACAAUUGGUCAUAUAAUCGUGGUUACAUAGAUAGUUUUUAUGCAAGAGCUUUUACUAGGGGUAUAAGAGGAUUAGCUGAACUAACUCAUUUUUUUGAUAGACGAGUAAUUGAUGGAAUUACGAAUGGGGUUGGUGUUACAAGUUUCUUUGUAGGAGAAGGGAUCAAAUAUGUUGGGGGCGGGCGAAUCUCUUCUUACCUCUUCUUGUAUUUAUUUUAUGUAUCAAUUUUUUUAUUAAUUUACUACUUUUUGAAUCUAUAA